AGUGCAAGCCGCUCAGCUGAUGCGUUCACAGCCGAACCAAGCCUGGCUGCUUUGAGUUCUUUUUUUUCUGCCCCCGUUUUCUUGGCUGGGCCAUUUAAAUCAUCUGAGGGCUGGAUCGGCUCGGAAACUUCCUGCUUCCUGGGAUGCGGUGAGGGAAGGUGGGAUCCUUGCGAGAAGACAGAACAGAAAAGAGAGAAUGAGGGAGGGAGAGAUGCUCCAGCAGCAUCUCUGAAUCUGAAUCUGAAUCCCCCUCCUCUCUCUCUCUCUCCCCACUACUACCACCACCUUCCGUCUAGCCGAUGCUCUCCUUAAAUUUUAUCCCACUCCUUCAGUGAAGACAGUCAGUUGUUUUGGGGGGGACGCUCAGCGACCGGUAAACAUGUCACAGACCAGAAGAAGCACAUACACCCGGACCACCAGCAGCGGCAGCAGCAGGAUGAGCUCUGAUGGGGGCGGGCGGCCCGCCAAGGUGGGCUCCCUGGUGGAGGUGAUCGGCAAGGGGCAGCGCGGCACGGUGGCCUACAUCGGGAACACGCUGUUCGCCUCCGGGAAGUGGGUGGGCGUCAUCCUGGACGAACCCAAGGGCAAGAACGACGGCACGGUGCAGGGCAAGCGCUACUUCACCUGUCAGGAGAACUACGGCAUUUUUGUCAGGCAGUCUCAGAUCCAGCUGGUUGACGACGGCGCUGACACCUCCCCGGAGACCCCCGAGCCAACCGCCGGCAGGGUCCCCAAACGAGAGAUCCUGGAGACGUCCAAGUCUGCCAAACUGCGAGGACUGAAGCCCAAAAAGGUGCAGCAUGUUUCCCUAAACUCGACUCCUACAACCCGGAAGACCACGGCCAGAAGGCCCAAGCAACCCAGCCGACCUGCGGGCGGCGGAGGGAAGGGGGCCGCGUCCGGCUCGGCGUCGGCAUCGGCCGGCGAGAUGAGCAGCAGCGAGCCCAGCACGCCGGCGCAGACCCCGCUGGCUGCACCGGUCAUCCCGACCCUCCACUCUCCUGGAAACCCGCUGGCCCCCGGCCCCAGCAAGGAGGAGGAGGCCCUGCGCGCUCAGGUGAAGGACCUGGACGAGAAGCUGGAGACGCUGAAGAUGAAGCGAACGGAGGACAAAGCCAAGCUGAAGGAGCUGGAGAAGCACAAGAUCCAGCUGGAGCAGCUGCAGGAGUGGAAGACCAAGAUGCAGGAGCAGCAGGCGGAGCUGCAGAAACAACUCAAAGAGGCAAAAAGGGAGGCUAAGGAAGCCAUGGAGGCGAAGGAGCGGUACAUGGAGGAGAUGUCGGACACGGCCGACGCCAUCGAGAUGGCGACUCUGGAUAAGGAGAUGGCUGAGGAGCGAGCAGAGUCUUUACAGCUGGAGGUGGACUCCCUGAAGGAGAGAGUGGAGGAGCUCACCAUGGACCUGGAGAUCCUAAAGCACGAGAUUGAGGAGAAAGGUUCGGACGGCGCCGCCUCCAGUUAUCACGUGAAGCAGCUGGAAGAACAGAAUAGCAGGUUAAAGGAAGCUUUGGUCAGGAUGCGCGACCUGUCCGCGUCGGAGAAGCAGGAACACGUGAAGCUGCAGAAGCAGAUGGAGAAGAAAAACACGGAGCUCGAUUCUCAGAGAGGCCAGAAGGAAAAGCUGCAAGAGGAGAUGACAGCGGCAGAAAAGACGAUAGACGAGCUGAAAGAGCAGGUGGACGCAGCUUUGGGGGCGGAGGAGAUGGUGGAGAUGCUGACGGAGCGAAACCUGGAUCUGGAGGAGAAAGUGCGGGAGCUGAGAGAGACGGUCACAGACCUGGAAGCUAUAAAUGAGAUGAACGAUGAGCUGCAGGAGAACGCCAGAGAAACAGAGCUGGAGCUGAGGGAGAUGUUGGACCUGGGAGCGGCCAGAGUCCGUGAGGCUGAGAAACGAGUUGAGGCGGCACAGGAGACCGUGGCGGAUUACCAGCAGACCAUCAAGAAGUACCGAGAGCUGACCGCUCACCUGCAGGAGGUCAACAGAGAGCUGACCAGCCAGCAGGAGGCCUCAGCGGAGCUGCAGCAGCAGCCGCCAGCAGAGAUGUUUGACUUCAAGAUUAAGUUUGCGGAGACAAAAGCUUACGCCAAGGCCAUCGAGAUGGAGCUGAGGAAGAUGGAGGUGGCUCAAGCCAACAGACACGUGUCUCUUCUGACCUCCUUUAUGCCUGAAUCCUUCCUUCGUCAUGGGGGAGACCAUGACUGCAUCCUGGUCCUGCUGCUCAUCCCCAGACUCAUUCACAAGGCUGAGCUGAUCAGCAAACAAGCGCAGGAGAAGUUUGAUCUGAAUGAAAACUGUGUGGAGCGAGUCGGCCUGAAGGGCGGCGUCGGUGAGCAGCUGAGCUUUGCAGGCGGUCUCGUCUACUCCCUCAGUCUGCUUCAAGCUACUCUCCACAAAUACGAGCAAGCUUUGUCUCAGUGCAGCGUAGAGAUCUACAAGAAGGUGGGCUCUUUGUACCCAGAGAUGAGUGUUCAUGAGCGCUCUCUGGAUUUUCUCAUUGACCUGCUGCACAAAGACCAGCUGGAUGAGACGGUCAACGUGGAGCCACUCACCAAGGCCAUAAAAUACUAUCAGCACUUGUACAGCAUCCAUCUGGCAGAUCAGAGUGAGGACUGCACUAUGCAGCUGGCUGAUCACAUCAGAUUCACCCAGAGUGCCUUGGACUGCAUGGCAGUGGAGGUGGGCCGCCUGCGGGCGUUCCUGCACACGGGUCAGGAGAAGGCUGACCUGGCCGUGCUGCUGAAGGAUUUGGAGACUUCCUGUAGUGACAUCAGGCAGUUCUGUAAGAAGAUUCGCCGCAGAAUGCCAGGAACAGAUGCACCCGGUAUCCCUGCCGCACUUAACUUCGGACAACAGGUCUCCGACACGCUCUCCGACUGCAGAAAACACCUGACCUGGGUGGUGGCAGUAUUGCAGGAAGUGGCCGCUGCUGGAGCUCAGAUGAUGUCUCCUCUCAGCGAACAGGACGGGCUGGCAGCAGUCAAACUGGAGGAUGUAGCAUUCAAGGCUGCAGAACAGAUCUAUGGAUCUCAGGGUGCCAACCCCUUUGAGUGUCUGCGACAAUCCUGUAGCAUUGUCAUAGCAACCAUGAAUAAAAUGGCUACUGCCAUGCAGGAGGGAGAGUAUGACUCAGACAAGCCCCAAAGCAAGAACCCUCCACCGGUGGAUCUGCGAGCUGGAGCUCUUCGAGCCGAAAUCACAGACGCCGAAGGUCUGGGCCUGAAGCUGGAGGACAGAGAAACGGUCAUCAAAGAGCUGAAGAAAUCUCUAAAGAUCAAGGGAGAAGAGCUGAGCGAAGCGAACAUCCGUCUCAGUCUGCUGGAAAAGAAGCUGGACAGCUCGUCCAAAGACGCCGACGAACGCGUGGAGAAGAUCCAGACCCGGCUGGAUGAGGCCCAGACCCUGCUGAAGAAGAAGGAGAAGGAGUUCGAGGAGACCAUGGACGCCCUGCAGGCGGACAUCGACCAGCUGGAGUCCGAGAAGACGGAGCUGAAGCAGCGAAUCAACAGCCAGUCAAAGAUGACCGCGGACGGACUGAGAGGCAGCAGCCCAUCAGGAAUCGCUUCCAUGGUUUCAGGAAUAGCUGGAGAGGAACUGAAAGGCAACAUGAUGGCCGGAAUCGGCCCGGGCUCCGGCGUCCAAGUGAUCGACUCUCCCCUGCUGAGUCAGCAGAUCGAAGCCCAGCGGCUUUGCAUCAAACACCUGAAGAACGAGAACAACCGGCUGAAGGCGGAGAAGAUGCGCACCCAGCUCGCCUCUCUGCCGCCGCUCAACGUGACCAAGCUUCCCUCCAAGGAAGGACGACCAGAAGUGCUCUCCAGCGGCCUCUACCGCAAAACCGACCAGCUCCUCGAGACUUUGCUGCAGAUGAGCGCCAACGUCAAGGUGGUGGACGUCACUGGAAAAUCCCCGGUGACGCCUAGUGCUCAGCUCCUGGAACAGACGGCACGUCUUCAGUCCCUGACAGAGACUCUGGACAAACUGAAGGGUGAGGUAGCAGAGCACGUCGUCAAUCUGCAGCCUGGAGCUCGAGUCUCGUCAGACUUUGCAACGUUCCCUUCAACCUCCUUUGUUAAGGCAACCGAAGAGAAGCACUCCGACACGGUGCUGGUGGGUCGAGUCCUGGUGCCGUGUCCCCGCGGUCAGGAGCAGGUCCACCGUCUCGUUCUGUCCCAGUCCCAGCUGCAGAGAGUCCACAGUCUCCUGCAGACCUAAAUGUUGCUUGACCCCUGUGACCCCACCCUCCUCUGCCUGCUGCGGCACCACAAACACGCCACCAUCAGUUUCUGCUCCCCCCUCCAGAGGCCAAAUGAGUCAAACCAAGAGGAAUAUACAGCCUUCGGUGGAAGGUUGAACGCUAAAAACGGGGAGGUACCUUCAUGUUUGAGAUGUUAGCAACUCUGUUGUUACAAGUGACAUUUUUCAUCUCAGCUUAUUUAGAUUUUAUUUAAGCAACACCAGGCUCGGUUCUGAUGCCGAUCCGUUUUGGCCACGGCUGUUUUAAACGAGGAUGACAGAAAAGAAAUCGUACAAUUUGACAACUGAAACAAUUUCAGGCCAUUAGUUAUUUCAUUUUUUUUUCCUUUGGAGAUAUCAUCAGCUUAUUCAGUGACUUCCUGAUCAGAAAAUGACAAAUCCAAGCCUCUUCUGAUCCGUAAAUGCACCAUUUCUAAGUGCUAUAUCAUGUUGCAGACAACAAUCUUCAGUGUGGAGGUUGCUCCUGAAUGAAGACUAAAAGUUUGUGUUUUUCAGUAUCAGCACAAGGUGAGUGAAAAGUAAUUUGAAUCACGGACACAUGUUUAAAAAAGGAAACUGAUGGCAUGUCUGAUGUUCAUUCAGGCUGCAAGAUGGCAAAAAUGUUUAGCAGAGCAAAGUUUAGCUUUGGACCCGUCUGUUAUGCUGGAUUUGGAAAUGUUGGGAGCCGUUUGGAAAUAUCAGGAUCUCAGCAGGAUCUCCAUUCACUAGCACAGACACAGGGACCUGUGUUUUAGUAAUGCUAGCCCAUGCUAACAGCUAACAUAUGAUGCUAUUAUAAGCUAAGCUAAUCAUUUUGUCUUUAUUUUGAAAUAUCACUAUAAUCUUUUGUGUUCAGACAGCCAUCAGUUUGGCUUUUAAUAUAAUACAAAUUAUUAAUGAUCACCCACGACAGCAAAGCCAGAAAAAAAAAUACUUGUUUUGUAUCUACCCUAGAUUAGGGCCAUCCAAAAAAAAGAAAAAGGAUUUUGACUUUUUUUUUCUUUGAAUCCUGAUUUCAAAUUAAAGUCAGAAUCCUCUUCUGUAUGUAUCUGACCAUAGAGGUUCUUAAAGAGAAGUUGGCCUAGUCGGGUCGAAGCAUUACCAGAGAUCAGAAAUAGGCCACAGCCUGGUGCCAAUCGACGUUACGUUUGCUCAAUGGUGCGCCUCUAUUAACUUUCAGGUUGAUUCCAUCCUGAUGUGACGGAAAGCCGUGCUUCAGACCGUGGCGGUGAACCAGGGUGGAUAAACUGAUGCAUGCCGCCCAGAAUCACAAACACCGUAUUUACCAAGCUCUUCUGCGCUCCUGUGUGAGUCCUGUAAAACUGUGCAGAAUAUUAGGAAGUGUUCUAAUCUUUUUAGGGAGUCGUUGUAUUGUGCUCAGUUCUUAGCUUGACUGUGAGAAGGGAAAUUAUGAGUUGUAAAUGUCAUUUUGUGUGUGUGUGUGAGAAUUUGCACAACAGAACAAAGUCCUGCACAUGUUUCAGUUACAAACAGACGGAGGAUUUUAGCCAUUAUUCAAACGUUGGAGGAAAAUCUUUGAAACUAAAUAACUUCAGUGGACACAGCCUGGCUACAGUUAGGUCAGGUUACGCAGCGAGUGACACCAGUUUCUUCAAUAAGAGCCCAGAAAUAUUCACGUUGUAAAGACCAGAACUUUGUCUGAGCCUUAACCUGCAGCCAUCAGUCGCCUGCCUUAGUUUAUUUUUAGUUAAUUGAACCUUCUUGAAGAAAAACUACAAUAAUGUCUGAACGUUUCUUUUUUACCACCACGUCUGCCAAGGCUGAAUCCUCGCUGACAUUUUUGCUCAUUUAUUUUCUGGCUGUUUCUGUUUACACACGACUGUCAUUAUUAACUUGAACGUUUAUGAAUUCGUUUUACGGGCCUGGUGCAUUUGUAUGAAAGUAUGUUGCGACGCUGUGUGGUGUAGUGAAUCUGCAGCUCGUCUCUUUGUCCCCUGUGUGGUUUCCUGCUGCUGCACAACCGAUAACUGAUCAAUAAAUCCUUCAGAGCCAA